AUGCCGCUCUGUCUCACCUUCAUCGACUUAAAGAAGGCCUUCGACUCAGUUGAGACGGAAGCGGUCGUGGAAGCCUUGCACAACCGUCGGCGUCCCUACUCAGUACAUAAAGCCACCCUCGAGAACGCAAUGCGAAAGUUGGAAUGGGACGACAUGGGAGUGAAGGUUGAUGGUCGGCAGCUACACCAUUUGCGCUUUGCUGAUGACAUCGUACUGAUAAAACCUAGCAUCAGCCAAGCGGAACGAAUGCUGACCGAAUUCGACGAAACACGUGGAUGCAUCGGUCUUCAGCUGAAUCUACAAAAGACGAUGUUCAUGCGGAACGGAUGGGUCUCGGAUGCCCCAUUCAGGCUCAACGGAACGAACGUAUCCGAAUGCACCAGCUACGUUUAUCUGCGUCGAGAACUGAACAUGAUGAACGACCUGACCCCUGAGCUGGGCAGAAGGAGACGAGCGUCUUGGGGAGCGUACAAGAGCAUCGAAGAUGUAGUGAAGAAGACCCGGCUCCGUGCUCACCUCUUCAACACCACCGUACUUCCUGCUUUGACAUAUGCUUCGGAAACCUGGGCAUUUCGCAAGCAGGAAGAAAACACGCGCACUGCAGGAAGACCGCCGACAAGAUGGUCAGAUUUCUUCACGAAGUCCUUCAAAGAAAAAUAUGAUGCUCUUCGUGUCCCACGCGAAAAGAGGAACCACUGGGCUACUCUGGCACGCGAUCGGGACAAAUGGAAGAAUUACUGGCGCCCGCUCGACCAGUUCGAAGAUCAACGGGAGUCAAGGUGA